AUGGGAAGAAAUCAUUCAAAAUUAAAUUUAAAUAUUAAGUCUCGCUACCAUAAAUUUAAGCAUUCGGAUAAUUCUAGCAAUUCAAAUGAUCCUCCUUCAUCAAUAAAGAAAUUUUUUCAAGAAGAUUUUACAGUUAUAGAUGGUAGAAAAUAUUAUAAUAUAGAAAAUUUACAUUAUUACCUUCCAAGUGACGAUCUAGAAAUAGACAGGUUACAGUUGCAACAUUAUUUAGUAAGAUAUACCUGGCAAUCGAAUUUUUCUUCUCCUGUGCGUGACCUUUUACAUGAAGGUGGUGCACGUGUUCUUGACGUUGGUUGUGGUCCAGCAACAUGGACUUUAGAGAUGGCUUUUGACUUUCAAAAAUGCGAAUUCAUAGGUGUUGAUAUCAUACCAAUGAUGCCAUUAACAAUUAAACCUCAGAAUACAGAUUUUGUAGAAGCUGAUAUAUUAGAAGGCCUCCCAUUUCCUGAUGAUCAUUUUGAUUUUACUUUUACUAGAUUUUUUAAUGCUGCAUUUCCCGCUAAUUGCUGGGCGACUCAUGCUAUUCCAGGCAGGUAUGUUGAAUUUAUGGAAUGGGACUUGGAAGCGUGUAAUCAGGGCCCACUUUGUACACGACUCAUGAGUGCACUCGCCCAAGACCUUGAAUCUCAUGAAAUAGAGAUCAAUAUACCAAAAAAAAUGGGUUCUUUGCUACAAGAUACUGGCAAAUUAAAAAACAUAAACCAUGAAUACCGAGAUUGUCCUCUCGGUAAACAGGGUGGUAAAGCUGGUAAAUUAGCACUUGAUAAUACUAUAUUUGCGUUUAAAUGCUAUGCCUCAAAAUUUUCUAAAGAAUUUGGAAUGACCUUAGAAGAAUAUGAUGCACAUUUCGAUGAUUACAUAAAGGAAGUGGAUGAGUAUAAAACUAAAGUUAGGACACAUAGAUUUUGGGCGGAGAAGAUUUAA